AUGGCAAGAGAACGGAUCGGCGAGAAACGGCAGCGUAGUCCUAGCAGAGGUCGAAGUCGAAGUCGAAGUCGAAGCCGUAGGCGACAAAAUACCAAACAACGUCAACCGAUUCGUCGAAAUUGGUUUGCGGAGGCGUACGAUCCUAUUCAGAUUGGCAGCAUCGAUGGCACGGACACGACACCUCACGACAAAGGUCUGGUGCGUGCAUUAAACGCUUGCUAUGAUGCGAGGAAAGACCCACAGAUCCAGGGCGACCCAUACGCUACGUUAUUUGUAGGUCGGCUGCACUUUGAUACGACGGAGGAGACGCUCCGAAAAUUCUUUAAUGAUUACGGAGCCAUUCGGCGUCUGCGUCUCGUUCGAGACAACGAGACCAACAAGUCCAAGGGCUACGCGUUCGUCGAGUUUGAGCACGAGAGGGAUUUCGAACGCGCCUAUAAACACGCACAUCGACGUGUGAUCGAUAGUGCUGUAAUCUUGGUGGACUUUGAGCGCAGUCGGGUCAUGAAGUCAUGGAAGCCGCGCCGUCUUGGCGGCGGCUUGGGCGGGACGAAGAAGUCGGGUCAGCUUCGCUUUGGUGGAAGGGACCGUCCGUUUAAACCGCCAUUGGGUCUGCAAUGA